GUUAACGUCACCACAUACACACACGUUCAGUGCAGUGAAAAAUCAUGUCUUUUGAAAUGCGUGAAGCGAAUUAAGCACAGUCAACGAGAUUUAUUUCGCUUGAUUGCCCGCAUUUUAAGGCAAGCGAUCGUGGAAUAUUCUCUAAAAGAAGAACAUCUGGCCUAAAGCGACGCGCAUAAAAAAAGAAUCGUUUGCUGAGCAAACAAACAAUGAGUUCAAGGGGCACUCAAUUCAGCUCAAACACAGUCCACACGCGAGAGGAUCCAAGCAUAGUUCAUGAAGACAUGCUACGUGUAUAUAUGUACCAACUACCAAACAUCUCUCAGCAAUCAGAACUAGGGCUUAAUCAAAUCAAAUGAUCGAUUUUACGCGCUCUUUUUGCGAGCGAAAAAUUACCAAUGUUGACAUGAUUAAAAAUUUUAGAUAUGCUAAGUUUGCUUUUCUCCGCUUUCCUUGACUGUUCACUGUUUACUUUGGAGUUUAUAGGAUUAUGACGUGUAUGACUUAUGUGCAUGAAUGCAUGCGUCAUUUCAAAUGCUCUUUGGAGCAGCAUCGAGCUUGAGGUAUAUAGCUAUCUACCAGCGGUUUGCGCCUCUUUGAAUUAAUUGUGAUGAACGACAGUAAAACCUUCAAAACUCCAGUUCAGAUUCAACAAAUGAAAUUACCUGACACUGCCUUGCAAACAUACAUCGUGCAAUUUUUAGGUUGAAAAAAAUUAGAGGAUAGUAAUGUAACUCGUUCGUACAAAGAAUCCCUCUAAAGCGGAUAUUAUCGUCUAUAACAUUAGCCAUAGUGAUACAAUUUGCCAUCGAUGUUUGUAGAGUAGUUAAAACAACAAAGAUGCCCACAUCCCCGCGUGGUCGUGCAGCUAAUUAGUCAGAAGCCAUUUUGGAAAACUCAUUGAGAUGAGUUUUUGCUCUUACGGAUUAAAAAAUUAUCCAAAAAAUGGUUGCCAGGUAAAAUGACUAUUAUGAAAUGUUUGCAAAUCUCGGCUGCCUAUUAACAACUUAAACAAUUGUCAACUUUAAUAUACAGAGUUAACCGCGGCAAUGAAUAAAAAUACCCGCGGUGAUUUUAUAGUUGCAACACGCAUUGAACAAACCUAGUUUAGUUCUGUAUAUACGCGAUGGCUCAAAUAAACUAGGUGCCGAAUAUAUGAACACCUUUACAGCUAUAUCAAUAAUUGACUGUUAAAAUUCGCGACAAUUCAAUAAAGCCAAAUCAAAUUAGACGUUAUUGGUUUCUUUUAUGGUAAUAAAACGUGUCAUUUGAAUGGGCGGGUCGCGAAAAGGCGAUGGCGUGUAUAAAAGAGGCAAGUUGCGAGCUGUGAUUUUGAGCUGAGGUAUUGAAGGUAAGGCAGAAUGACGACGUGUUGUUUAAAUUGGGAGGAUUGUCGGAUGUGUGAUCCUGAGAUUGGUGGCUCGCAUUUGGUGGGUUACGAGGCUCGCCCCGAAAGUGGUUUUUUUGAAAGUAGAGGGAAGUUCGCAGCAGAAGAGAUGAAACCCGAAGAAGUUUCGACACAGAUUGCAGGACCAAGAGCUGGUACGAAUGAUCAAGGAAAACCUGGAACGCGAAGACGACGAGCGACAUACAGAAGAUGGCAGGUGGACAUCCUCGAGGAGGCGUUCGAAGUGAAUUGCUAUCCUUCGACGUGGAUGAAGAGAUUCUUAGCAGCAAGACUCGACAUGGAGAACAUACAAGUACAGGUCUGGUUCCAAAAUCGCAGAGCGCGUAUGAAGAAGGAUGUUCCAUCCCCAUAUGCUCGUAAUUACCCCCUAAAUUCCCUCCCCAGCCGUCUAUAUCCCAGGACGACCUCGUAUAUCCAAUAUAAUCCUACUCACAUACCUUACGAUGCAGCCGUCUUGACCUCCAUCAACACAAGGAGAUCGCCUUUCACGCAUGUUCCUAGAUAUCCCGUUGUGACACCAAUGUUCUCGCGUUUGGAUCUGGAUAGAGUGUUGUAUCGGCAACCUUACCCACGUCACGCGUGUUCCCCACGCACUCAGACUUCAUCCCCAAGGCAGGCUGAUGAUAACGUUACCCCCCAAGGAUAUCUGAAUGAAAAGAACGAUAUUUGAGUUUGAUAGUCCACGAGUUUCGAGACAAAUGUAAUUCUUACAUUGCGUAUCCGGAGAUAAUAAACAUAUAUAAAGAAAAUUUCGUGUAAAAUAAUAUAAAAAUGAAUGAAAAGAAACUAUUUUACAGCACACGGCACAGGAGGGAAGAUGGAUAAAACGAUUUUCAAGAUAAUUUAGCUGAAUAACAAUAAAGAACCAAUUAUAUG